AUGGGUUCUAAACAAUCGACAUGUUCAAAAAAAACAUUAAAAUAUAUUCGUUCGAAAAAUUUAAGUAAUGCUGCCAUUAUUUACACAUUAUAUGAGUAUAUGCACUCCGUUGAUGUAUUUGAUGCAUCAGGACGUUCACCAUUACAUUAUGCUGCCAUUGUGGGAAAUGAUGAAACACUCCAAACGUUAUUAAUGUGUAACCCUGAUGUAAAUCGAUUUAGUAAAGAUGGAACAACACCAAUACACGAGGCGAUUAUUCACAACCAUCCAGGUGCGCUCACUCUUCUUUUACAACGUGGUAGUAAUAUAAAGCUUCCAUAUCAAAAUCGUAUUCCAUCACUAUCAUUAGCUGUUUGUUUAAAUCAUACAACGAUUGUUGAAUUAUUAAUUCGUGUUGGCACCGAUCCAAAUGCUACUGAUACUGAAGGUCGUUCAUCUUUACAUUACGCUGCCUAUAAAGAUAAUAUAAAGAUGUUUCAUAUUUUACUUUCAUCUAUACAUCCACUAAAUAUCAAUAUGUGUGAUAACCAUGGUUAUUCUGUUCUCGAUUAUGCACGAGCUAAUUCACAAGAUAGUUCACAAUGUGUUGAUUUAUUAUUACAGUUAAGAGUCUAUGAUCCUGAUCGUGGAAUAAGUACUAUUGAUAAUAUACAAUUGGACAUGCCCAGUGUUAAAAUAUUUACAUCAUCAAUUGAACUGUGUUCAUUAGAUAAUAAACAAUUGAAAAAAAAAAAGAAUAAAUUGAAAGUAGUGUAG